AUGGCAUGCCUAAAGUGCGCUUUUUGGCUGACGAAUGAAACCAUAAAUAUUUGGUCACAUGUAUUUGGCUGGAUGCUGUUUUUUGGUUUAACAAUUUAUGACUUGUUCCUGUUAAAUAUUCACGCUUCACAGUUUGAUAAGCUUGUUGUGGGUCUACUACUCGGAUGUUUCCAGAUCAGCAUGGCAUCAUCGACAAUGUACCACACGUUUUCAUGCAAAUCCGAGAAACAUUUCAACUGUUUUUUAUCUUUUGACUUGUUCGGCAUAGCGUUGAGCUUGUUGGGUAUCUACUUAUCAGGAAUUUAUUACGCUUUUUGGUGCCAUCCAGUACAUCGAAUGUUUUACUUAUCCACGGUGUUCUUUAUAUUUGUGAUUGUCAUCGGAAUUGUUAUCAGUAAAAUAAAAACGAAGUGUAUGAUUUUAUUUUUCUGCUUUUCAGGUAAAUUAGAUUACAUAGGAUCAUCGCAUCAGUGGUGGCAUUUCCUGGUCGUCAUAGCGUUGUAUUACUGGCAUAACACUGGCAUUUUGUACAUCGAGUACAGAAUGAACCACGGAUGUGUCAACGAUUUACGGCUAUAAUAUUGAUUUUGCUCAAUGUGUACUUAUAUUGUUAUUUUAUAGUUAAUUUAUUUUUAGUAUUAAGUAAAUUACCUAUAUUAUGGUUUGUUUGUUAUUUUACGGUUCGACGAGAAUUUCUGUGAAAUAUUUCUUAUACUUUAUUAUAAAAUUCAAAUUCUUUAUUUACAUAAAAGAUUAAAAAAAUGUUUAUCAUUAAUAAAAUGGAAUCGAUUGAAUACACA